AUGCACUGCACCUCGCAACGCUCGAUCGUCAGCACCUCCGCUCUUCGAUCGUCGACCCCUAAGCAAGGCGAUUCUUCCAAAUCCGACCCAAGCACAUCCCCCAUACCACCCCCCAAGAAGACUUCCCCCUCGAUCCCUGUCGACUCGCUCUGCAUCCCCCUCACGCCCCCCUACUCGCUCCUCUCCUACCUCCCGACCUCCCCUCCCCCCCUAUCCCGCGAAACGCUCCUCAAACUGCAUCGUCUCAGCGCGCUCGAACCACCCCAAACCGAACAAGAAUGGGACCAACUCAAAGGCCUCGAUGGACUCGUCGCUUUGGUCGAGGGCGUGAGGUCGAUCGAUACAAGUUCGGUCCCAGCCGAUUCGGAAGCGGGUUUUGUCGAUGCGAGGAUCCGCGCAAAGCCGACAGAGCAUGGAUUGGACAUGAACCGACAUAACCAUGAAGACAUCGCUUCGUCCACGUAUCUGGGGUUGGCUUCGACGACUCGAGGCGCUUACUACGUCGUGCCGACUCCGGAGAACGUACGCGGCAAAAAAAGUUCGAAAACGUCCGACUUGGGCGUUACAGAGAUCGAAUGA